GAUGGUCCGUCGAUCCUCUUAUGUAAAUCGUGAUUGUAAAACUAAUAAAUCCAACGGAAAUGAAAUAGUUCCUGUCUGUGAGUCUCGUGGAACUCAUGUAACAUUAAGACGUAGACCAACUAAUUCCAAUCGAUCUUAUUACAAUCCAUGUGAACGUCGUCGUCGUUUACAAACAAUGAUUCGUGAGAUCUACAAUCGUAUACGAUGUGCUAAUUUAACAUCAAAAUGGAAUCAUGUCUUUGAAUUAAUGUCAAAAAAUCGUCGUCUAUUAAACGAUCAAUUGAAUUCUGCUCAUGCUGCAAAUCUUGCAGCUAGAUCUAUCACCUGCGAUGAAAUGUUAUGCCUUAAUCGAAAUUCGACCGAUCCACCUUUAUUAGCUGAACCAGUAGAAAUUCCUAAUAUCUAUAGUCAAUUUGGUAAAUUUGAAGCUCGAAUCGGUGGAAAAUCUUAUCGUGUUGCUAUUACAAUGAUGCCACAAGUUGAUCCUGUCCCUUCAGUAUGUAUGUGGGCACCGGUUCAGCAUAAUUUCUCUGUUGAAGAUGAAACUGAACUGGCUAAUCUACCUUAUAUGGGUGAUGAUCAAGCUCAAGAAGAUGUGAAUUUUCUAGAAGAAUUAUUAAAUAAUUAUGAUGGUCAUUUACAUGGGAAUUUUCCAUUUGAAUUUGAAGAAUCACUACUUGUACAAUUAGUCAAUGAAGUUGCUAAAGUAUGGCCAGAUAUUAUUACACAAUGUGGAUUAACAGCAUUUGUGAAUCAAGAUAGUGUUGAACAACCAUCGAAAUCGAAACCGCUACUGCCACCACCACCAACACAAAAACAACUAUCAAUUGAUUUAUUACAAAAUCCAAUAAAAAUUGAUUUAUCCGCUGCUGGGGAUGCUGAUCAAUUAUCAAUAUCGUCAUCAUCCUCAUCCUCAUCGUCGUUGUCAAGAGCAGUUCAUUCUAAUUGUAAAUCAAAUGAACGUGUCUUGAAACGAUUGAAACCAGAUGAUGAUCACGAUGGAAAUAGCGGUGAUGAAGUGUUGUCAGCUGUUGUUAAAAAAGGUCGUUUCACACGACGUUCUACAUUAAUUGAAAUUAAAGAUGUUGAAGUAAAAAUCAGUAAUAGUAUUAUACCGCCUAAUAUCAGUGUUAAUCUCCCGGAAUUCACUAAUAAUGUUGAUGAUAAUGAAGAUGAUGAUGAUGACGAUGAUGAUGAUGAUAAGGCAUUGAUUCAUGUCCCGAAAAAGUUGAAAAUUGAACAAAAUGGUGAUGCUGCUGCUGCUGAUGAUGAUGAUGAUGAUAGUCAUAAUGAAGCAAUCAAAUGUUCACUCAUCGCCUCCAAACACCAAUCUCCAAAACUACGAAAUUCUCAUUCAUCAUCACAUCAUAGCGAUCAUCAUUCGCCUUCUUCAGACUCUAAACGUCUUAGUAGUAGUAGCACUGGUAUACCAGAAGGAGUAUUCUCUGCCAUAGCUGGAACAUUCGGUUCAUCAGAUGAUACUAGUAAACUACAACUACGUUAUACAGAAUUGAAAGAACGUUCAAAUAAUUCACAACUAAACGAAGAAGCAUUAACAUGUUGUCCAAAUUUAGACAAUCCUAUUGAAGUUUUAAAUGCUGUCAAAACUGGUCGACAUCAAAUUCCUACAAGAGCUGAAGCAUUGCAUUCAUUUAGAACAUUAUUUUGUCGCCGAUGCUUCAAAUAUGACUGUGCUCUACAUCCGUAUAAAUCAACUCAAUCUAUGUGGAGUCAUCGUUGGCCAUUUAUUGCUACAACUAAUGUGGAAUCUGAUGCUCCGCUGUGCGGUGUAUGGUGUGUACGUCAAUUCACUGAUAAACAGCAACAGCAUAAUUCUAAUAUUAGCAAUCGAAUUCAUGAAAAAGAUUCUGAAUGGAAUCCAGUUGAAAUUAGUUUAUAUCAAGUUUUAGCUCCAAUGUAUAUACCAUACGGUUAUUCAUCAUAUCAUUUAUAUCAUUGGUGUUGUACAUUGUCAAAUUUGAUUGGUACAAAAAAAUGUUCUGAGGUGCUUAACUAUGCCAAUACACAAAAUCAUUCCACACUUCUAUUGUCAGAUUCUGGCCAAUUAAAUCAACUACGUGUCCCUGGCACCGGUAUUGAAUGGUGUCGACGUUCCACUAGUACUGCAUCAUUAAAUGAUGCUGGAGAUUGUAAUGCUGCUGGUUCUGGUUCAUGCAGUGGUAGUGUCCAGGAUAAUGGGGAAUUCCAUGAAGAAACGAUCAAUAUCAAUAAUCAUAAUAUUAAUAAUAUUAAUGAAUCAUCCGGUUAUAAUUUACUACCAUCUUAUAGGCGAAAACGUUCACGGAGGCGUCGAUUAAAGAAGAGCAUGUUAUUAGGACCACCAACUCGUCGUUUAGAUGAUGAUGAAGAUUCACAAACCAACGGAUCAUCAUCACAUCAGACCACUUCAAAUGGUAAUACAAAUGGUGUUGUCGCCAGUGGUUGUUUUGCUCAUCAUUAUCAUCCAUGUGAUCAUCCUGGACAACGUUGUGAUGAUUCUUGUUCAUGUCGAAUAGCUGGAACAUUUUGUGAGAAGUUUUGUCAAUGUCCUCCAGAUUGUCCUAAUAGAUUUUUAGGUUGUCGUUGUCGAGGUCAAUGUAACACAAAAUUAUGUCCAUGUGUUUUAGCUGUUCGAGAAUGUGAUCCAGAUUUAUGUUUAUCUUGUGGUGCACAUUCAUCAUUUCGUUCGUUUGCUACUGGAAAUUCAAUGGAUUUACUUUCAUUGCUUCAAACUACUUUACCUCCGAUUACUGGAACAUGUCGAAAUGUUGCCAUACAAAGAGGUUGGCGUAAACAUCUUUUAAUGGCACCAUCAGAUGUAGCUGGUUGGGGUAUUUUCAUUAAAGAAGCUGCAGAGAAAAAUGAUUUUAUUUAUGAAUAUUGUGGUGAAAUUAUUAGUCAAGAUGAAGCAGAUCGUCGAGGUAAAAUCUAUGAUAAAACAAUGAGCAGUUUUCUAUUCAAUCUUAAUCGUGAUUUUGUUGUGGAUGCUACAAGGAAAGGCAAUAAAAUUCGAUUUGCCAAUCAUUCCGUGAAUCCAAAUUGUCAUGCUAAGGUUAUCAUGGUGAAUGGUGAUCAUCGAAUUGGUAUAUUUGCAAAACGUGCAAUUCUUCCCGGUGAAGAAUUAUUCUUUGAUUAUCGUUAUGGUCCAACGGAACAAUUGAAAUAUGUCGGUAUUGAACGAGAUACCGAUGCCACGAACCUGAUGAAUAAUCCUUUAUCCUUAUUAAACACAUCUGGCAAUAAUCUUAAUCCAUUAUCAUCGAAUCUAUCGAUUGAUACUAAUCAUAUUGAAAUUAUUUAGAAUUUAUGUGUGUUGAUAAUCUCUCUCUCUGUCCCUCCCUAUAUAUAUAUCCGUAUGUGUGUGUGCGCACGUGCAUAACUGUGUACAUCUGGGUUGUGUAAAAUGUAAAUGUGUGUUUAUAUAUAUACUAGUUGUG